AUGGCCGCUACGGACGUUGAUAUAGACUACUAUUUAACUCAUUGCGGGCCGUCGAUCAAAAUCCUAUAUGAGCAUCCUGAGAUGGAUCUAUUCAAGGAUUUUCUCAAGGGUAUCAGUGUCUUUAACUCCGAUCAAUUUAUUAAUAGGUCGCUUGAGGCCAUUUUGAAAAGAACCCCUCAGAUCAAAGUGAUGAUCAUCUCGGAAUACCCCGCGGAUCAUGUUUCAGGGAAACGACGUCAAAUCGACUGUGAUCUCUUUGAUUGCAGAGAUAUUGUGCUGGAAGCGACUGUUCGGCCAUGA